UCUGAGCUCCCCUCUCUGUCUCCCUCUCCUCCUCUCUUCAUCUGCCACUCGCCCUCCCCGUUAACUUUGUGAGGGCUCCUGUGAGCGCUUUCUCCUCUCAGCAUCUGCAACGGCUUCUCACCCAGAAGAAAUAAAAGUUUUUUUCUGCAAGACGCCCGAGACCCGACCGUUGCCAUGGAGGCCAUCAAGAAGAAGAUGCAGAUGCUGAAGUUGGACAAGGAGAACGCCAUUGACAGGGCGGAACAGGCCGAGUCGGACAAAAAGGCAGCAGAGGAUAAAUGCAAGCUGCUGGAGGAUGAGCUGCUGGCUAUGCAGAAGAAGCUGAAGGGAACAGACGACGAGCUGGACAAGUACUCGGAGGCUCUGAAGGAUGCUCAGGAGAAUCUGGAAAUGUCGGAGAAGAAGGCCGGAGACGCCGAGGGCGAUGUGGCGUCUCUGAACCGCAGGAUCCAGCUGGUGGAGGAGGAGCUGGACCGCGCCCAGGAGAGACUGGCCACAGCCCUGCAGAAACUGGAGGAGGCAGAGAAAGCUGCAGAUGAGAGCGAAAGAGGCAUGAAGGUGAUUGAAAACAGAGCCAUGAAAGACGAGGAGAAGAUGGAGAUCCAGGAGAUGCAACUCAAAGAGGCCAAGCACAUUGCUGAGGAGGCCGACCGCAAAUAUGAGGAGGUUGCCCGUAAACUGGUAAUCCUGGAGGGUGAGCUGGAGAGAGCAGAGGAGAGGGCAGAGAUCUCAGAACUGAAAUGUGGUGACCUGGAAGAGGAGCUCAAGAACGUCACCAACAACCUCAAAUCGCUAGAGGCUCAGUCUGACAAGUACUCUGAGAAAGAAGACAAAUAUGAGGAGGAGAUAAAAGUCCUCAGCGACAGACUCAAGGAGGCGGAAACCCGUGCAGAGUUUGCAGAAAGGACAGCGGCUAAACUGGAAAAGACCAUAGAUGACUUAGAAGAGAAACUAUCAUCUGCAAAAGAGGAGAACCAAGAAAUGCAACAAGUCCUGGACCAAACACUGCAGGAACUGAACAGCUUGUAAAAGGCCGUCAAGGACGUCAAGCAAUUUAAAAAAAGCCUAUUUUCUACAUGCCAUCCAUUCCCUGUCAUUUUACUCUUAUUUCUGACUGUUUAAACACUUGUACCCCUUUUUAUAUAUUUAUGUUUCCUUUGUGUCUUUUCUCUUUUUUUAAAUACGGUUUUGGGUCCAUCUGAAUUUAGUCGUUGUGCUGGACAUUGUGUUAGACCAAACUCUGAGCACAAAUAAAGCUGAUGACAAUGA